AAACCCCAACACAUAUCCCCUAUAAAGCCUAAUGUAUUUGGCCUUUUUCCCUUAAACCCUAGUAUUGGCCGCUCCCACUACUCCUCUUCUCUAAGUACCUUACCACUGUCAAUUAGUAUGGCAUUUUGUAACAAAGUUGGGGGACUUUUGAGGCGGAGCAUUUCUCAGAAUGGACCAGCACCUAUAAAUUUUAUGCUUAAUUCCAUUCGCUGCAUGUCAUCAAGCAAGCUUUUUAUUGGAGGUCUUUCAUACUCAACCGAUGAGCAGUCUCUAAAGGACGCAUUUGCUGGCUUUGGUGACGUGGUUGAUGCCAAGGUUAUCGUUGAUAGAGAUACUGGGCGGUCUAGGGGAUUUGGGUUUGUUAACUACUCAAGUGCAGACUCUGCAAGCGAAGCAGUGUCUGCUAUGGAUGGCCAGGAACUUAAUGGACGAAGCAUUCGAGUGAGUUUUGCCAAUGACAGACCUACUGGCCCUCCACGUUUUGGAGGUGGUGGUAAUCGUGGGGACAGAGGUUUUGGUGGUGGAGAUGCUGACUACUAAGCUUUUGGAGUUGUGCUGCAUAUGGGCUUGUAUCUAUUGCUAGUUGGUGCUCCUUAGAAAUUGAGGUUGAUGGAAUUUAUCUUAGAUGAACUAUUAUCUGAACAUCGGAGUUUUUGUAUGGAUUUGAUACAAGUUUCUAUUGCUUAGUAUUGCUUAUUAUAUGUAUGAGCCGCGCAAGUUCAGUCAUGGAUCUGUGCAUUUGGCUCGAGUUUAUGCUGCAUGCUAUGCUGUAAGAAGCAUAUAUGUUGCACUGUUUAACUGUUUAACUGCAGGCCGUACUGUCUUUCUUUGCAACCAUUUAAUCUCCACAGAUCUUGUUCUGUUCCAUUUGGAAUAAUUUAUUUGCAA